AUGUCAAUCAACCCCUAUCUCGUCGCCUACUUCAGCGUUAACGACAAUGGCCGUCGCCAGAUGUCUACUUUCACCAGCGAGGACUACAAGACCAAGUUCGACAAGUCCUUGAAAGGAUACGGUGGGAAUCUGAUUGGUGACUGGUACGCGCUGCCCAACGACAAGGACGUCGACGAUGCCAUCAACACGACCCAUCAAUUGGGUGGGACUGUUGUAUCUGACGAAGAAUCUUUGAUUUUUGGAGCUUCAUCGCAUCAACUUGAAUUCUGA